GGAGGGCCCUUAGAGCCCAGGAGGUCAGAGCUGGGAGGGCCCUUAGAACCCAGGAUGUUAGGGCUGGGAGGGCCCUUAGAACACAGGAUGUCAGAGCUGGGAGGGCCCUUAGAACCCGGGAGGUCAGAGCUGGGAGGGCCCUUAGAACCCGGGAUGUCAGAGCUGGGAGGACCCUUAGAACCCAGGAUGUCAGAGCUGGGAGGGCCCUUAGAACCCAGGAUGUCAGAGCUGGGAGGGCCCUUAGAACCCAGGAGAUCAGGGCUGGGAGGGCCCUUAGAGCCCAGGAGGUCAGGCUGGGAUGGUGUUUAGAACAUAAAAUGUCAGAGCUGGAAAAGUCCUUAAAACACAGAAUUUCAGAGCUUGGGAAAAGGGGAGAGUUGAGGAGGCCUUCAGCACACAGAAUAUCAGAGCCAGGAAGAAGACAGACCCUAGCACAGAGAAUGGCAUAUAUAGCUCAGGUGGGAGGACUCUUGGAACAUAAGAGUGUCUAAAUUGACAGUGUCCUUAGACCCCGGGAUUGGAAGAUCCUUAGAACAGAGGAGACAGAAUGUCAAAAGGGGAGAACUGUCACCAUGCCACAUCCCCCCAGUUCUCAGUCGGGUCCUGUCCUGCCCCAGUCUCCCUGUGUUUGGUCUUUCUGUCUUGUGUCGGGGGGAUGCAUCUCUGCUUUGCCUUUCAGUGUGUGUGUGUGUCGGUCCUUGCCGUCUGUAAUUGCUAUUUCUGUGUUCUGUUGAUGCGAUAUAAGAUACAAUGUCUAUACUGCUAAAUAAUGUAUAUUGUCUUCUGCUAAUGUUUUCUGGUGUCUCUCUAUCAGUGGGGUGUGUGUGUGCGCGCGCGCCCACCGGUCUGCACAUAACUAGUAACUUCCAGGAAUUGGGCUCCUUGACAGCUGCCAGACCCCUCGGGGCCAGACUGAGUUAAGGAGGGCCGCUCCGGCGGACUUGCUGCCAAGGGCUCCCGUUCUCUGGGAUGCCCGGGGCGCUCCUUCCCUCACUUUUUCCUGUGGGAGGCCCUGAGGGGCAUGGAGAGCCCCACCUUCGCGGUCCUUGGGCUCCUUCCCCGGCCCGUCCUACUUCGGCCGUCUGGGAGGCUUCCUGGGGGCCGCGCCGGCUCCCGUGUGGCGGCCUCUCCACCGCAGCUGGGGUGGAGGCCCCGCUGGGCCCUGGCCCCUCCCUGCCCCUCCGCCUCACCCUUGGGGGCACCGCUCCGCUGCAUAACAGGAAAUUUCAAACAACAGGAAACCCUGGCCUAGUCUUUGCUGCUCAGGCGGGCAGGGCACUCCACCCGCUGCCGCCCGGUCUCCGAGGUCUCCCUCUGCCUGGGGGCCCCGGGGGACAGCCUCGCGGACUUCUCGUGGCCCCUGCUCCGCUCCCAGGCCGGGGGAUGAACCUCUCUUGCCGCCAGCUGGUGGACGGCGGGCACCCGGAGCUCAUCCUGCGGCACUACAACUACACGGGGCGGCUGGAGCUUCGGGGGCCGGCGGCGGAGGGCUUGGGCUGGCUGCGGACGCUCUUCGUGGCCGUCAGCUGCCUGAUCAUCGUGGAGAACCUGCUGGUGCUGGUGGCCAUCGUCACGCACAUGCGCUCGCGCCGCUGGGUCUACUACUGCAUCGUCAACAUCACGCUGAGCGACCUGCUCACGGGCGUGGCCUACCUGGCCAACAUCGUGCUGUCGGGCCCGCGCACCUUCCGCCUGACGCCCACCCGCUGGUUCCUCCGGGAGGGGCUGCUCUUCAUGGCCCUGGCGGCCUCCACCUUCAGCCUGCUCUUCACGGCCGUGGAGCGCUUCGCCACCAUGAUGCGGCCCGUGGUGGCCCGCAGCAGCAAGACGGCGCGCGUGUCCGGCUUCAUCGGGCUCUGCUGGCUGCUGGCCGUGCUGCUGGGGCUGCUGCCCCUGCUCGGCUGGAACUGCGUCUGCCGCUUCGCCGCCUGCUCCAGCCUGCUGCCGCUCUACUCCAAGUGGUACAUCCUCUUCUGCGUGGUCAUCUUCAGCCUGAUCCUGGCCUCCAUCAUGCUGCUCUACGGGGCCAUCUUCCGCCUGGUGCGCGCCAACGGCCAGAAGGCCCCCCGGGGCCACGCGCAGGACAAGGCCCGGCGCCUCCUCCAGACCGUGCUCAUGAUCCUGGUGGCCUUCCUGGUCUGCUGGGGCCCGCUCUUCGGGCUGCUGCUGGCCGACGUCUUCGGCUCGGCCGCCUGGGCCCAGGAGUACCUGCGCGGGAUGGACUGGAUCCUGACUCUGGCCGUGCUCAACUCGGCCAUCAACCCGCUCAUCUACUCCUUCCGCAGUCGGGAGGUGUGCAGGGCCGUGCUGGGCUUCUUGUGCUGGGGCUGCCUGGGACUGGGGGUCCGCGGGCCCGGGGACUGUCUGGUCAGGGCCAUGGAGACCCAUUCGGCCUCUUCCACCGAAAGCUCCCUCCGGCCUCGGGACAGCCUCCGGACUUCCCGCUCCCUCAGCUUCCGGAUGCGCGAGCCUCUGUCCAGCGUGUCCAGUGUACGGAGCGUGUGAGGCCGCCGGAGUCCCCCGCCUCCAGCCUCCGGGCCCAAACCCCUCCUCUCGCCCUCGCCUUCUGGCCGUGGCCCACCCGAGGGAGGGCACGUCGGGGGGUGGGGCCUCGUGUCCUUGGCUGUGUGAACUAUGGGCGAAGUUCCGGGAACUGUCCCCCCUCGCCUACUUUCCUGCAAGGGGUUUUGGGCAAUGAUCUGGGGUAGGGGUCCUGGGCUUGAGGCCAAAGCCCUGAUGUCGGGCAAAGAGGAUGUUACAUCACAGAGCCCAGCACCCCAGUGGGCACUGGCAGGAUGCCCGGGGCAAAGAUCUUCUACCGCUGGGCCCCAGGGAGUGGCUGUUUUGGCGGGCUGAGACUCUGCUUGCGGCGGCCUCUCCCCCACACCCCCGUGGACCCCUACCCUUUUGUUCUGGUUGGCCGGGAAGGGUAAGGUUCUUCGGAGGACCCCAGCCUCAUCCUUCCUUGGGCCAGGCUGAGUGGCAACUUGCAGACUGGUGACUUGGUGGAGUGGGGAAAGUGCAGAGAAGGGAGGGGGGUCGGUAACAUAAUUAAGCCGGACAGGGAACCCGAUGUACGGGGGCCCUGGAGAAUGGGCUAAAUGUCAUGCGAUGGAAUUCAAAGCACGGAUGGGAAUGUGCGGCAGGCGUGGGGAAUAGUCCUGGGAAAGGCUUUCCUCAGGGACGUGUCUGGGCUGUUGCAAGGGUAUGAAACACUAGACAUUCGUCUAUGUGUGUAGGUCUCAAGAGUCCACAAUGUUCCUCUCCACGAGAGCACAUAAAGAGUUCCUCUUGCUCAUCCCCUUGCCUCCGUGGCACUCAGUGUCUCUGUGGGAAGAGUCUGCUCACCCCUCUGUUUUUAGAAAUCUCCAGGGAUUCUACUCUUCCUGUUAUUCAAAGGUCUGAAUGGAGACACAUGUGUAUUAGGAAGUGGGUUAAGAAUAUGAGUUCAUUUUAAUUAACUUUGCAGGAUCACAGAUCAGUGGGACCUCAGAGAUGUGCUAGUGUAAGUGAUCAUGACCUGAGGCUUGGUAUCUGCAUGUUUUUUUUUUUUUUUAAUUUAGAUAACUGCAUUUCAACAUAAUUGGUUUCCUCAGUAAGCCUGUGUCUUUUGCUUUAUGCAUUUCAAAACAUGAUUUUUGAGAAAGGGUGCAGAGGUUUUUUCACCAAGUUUCCUCCUAAAGGGGUUAAGUAUGCAAGGGAAGGUUAAGAAUCAGUGAUUUAGGCCAAUCCCUUUAUUUCACAGCUGGGGAAACUGAGGCCUACAGAGGGGAAAAGCUUGUUUGUGAGAGAGAUGGAAUACAUCUGUAAAAAUUAGAAUGUGAUUGUAUGUUCAGGGAGUAGGGUUGAGAAAGGAACUCUGUGUGUGUGUGUGUGUGUGUG